CUGGAUAGAGCAGAGAGGAUUGUGCUCCAUUGUCUUUAUGCGAUUGCCGUCGCUGCCCAAACACCCAAAAUUCUCAAAUCCAUUGCGAAAAUAGCUCAGGGUAUCAAGCCGUGGAUAGUACUAUUACGCCUCGCUAUAAACAACCUCAUUCCAGCAACAUGCAUUUCUUUACGAGUGUUGCUACAGCAUCCUCAACUACGACAACAGUUCAUUGGCUUCGGCGGACUACGAAUCCUCUUUGCCUUCGUGGUGGCCGAGACAGGUGGGUCGAGAUGUGAGGCCCUACGUACCAUUGAGGCCUGCUUGGCUAACUCUGAUGCAGUGGAGAGCCUCCUCAAACCGCUUAUCAAUGCCCCCGCGAUUGUUGUCUCCUUCAUCGCAUCCAUGUCAACUGAGGAGGAGACGCAGAUAGCAGCACUAGAUACAAUUGCUCAGAUGGCGAGAGACGAAAACACCCUAGCAAUAAUGUCGGACCUUGAUGUGAUAGAAGGACUCGCUCGAAUCCUCUCCGUUGCUUACUCGGAGGCACUGAAGAUCAGCGUAGUGCGCGCCAUUGCCGCGUGCUCCUACUUCGGCGAGAAUGCCGAGUAUCUAGGACGCGCGAACUGUGUGCCCAUGCUGACGGCCAUUUUUCGCACUUCUACGAGUAGAGCAAGAGGGGAGAGUGACAUUGGCGCCAUUCAGCUGCGGAACGCGGCGGUCCGAGCACUAUACGGUAUCAGCCGCUUGCCCGCUAAUGUGACGCGCAUCUGGGAAGCAGACAUCUGCGAUGAGCUGACGGCGAUGGCAGAGUCAACGGACGAGCAGGUGCAGGAAGCUGCAGCUGGCGUCAUCACCAACAUUCGCUUGCUGGAGCGGCAGGCAGCAUGUGUCAAGUACACGUAG